CAGUGUAGGAUGCGCACGCAACGGGUCCAGAAGUGAGGUGCCUAUUUCUGCCGUAGAUGGUAUCGAAGUAGAAAGUUGGAAACUGGUAACAUAUGGUUGAAAAUUGUGGUUAUAAUGAAUGGAACAGCAUAUUCAAACUUUGACAAUCAAGAACACGUUCUCAAACUAGGCGAAACUUUUGAGAAACAACCUAAAAGUGCAUUCCACACGGUACGAUAUGAUUUUAAACCAGCCUCCAUAGACACCUCAUGUGAGGGGGACUUGGAAGUGGGAAAAGGAGAGCAAGUUACAAUCACACUUCCAAACUUGGAGGGAUCCACAGCUCCUGUUACAGUAUUUAAAGGGUCCAAAAGACCUUAUAUGAAAGAAUGUAUUCUCAUUGUUAACCAUGACACAGGAGAGUACCGUCUGGAGAAACUCAGCAGUAACAUCGCAGUCAAAAAGACCAGGGCUGAGGGAAGCAGUAAGAUUCAGUCACGCCUGGAGCAGCAAACAAGCCGGCUUAGUCAGCAGAUGAAGUCCGGCAGUGGAAACAAGGCUCCAUCCAGCACCAAAAGUUCUCCUCCCAAAGAGAAAAUGUCUCCGUCAUCGCCCAUGGAUGAUAUUGAGCGAGAACUCAUGGCUGAGGCACGUGUAAUGGAUCAGAUGAGCAGUGGAGACAGCUCCUCAGAUUCUCACAGUUCCUCCUCAUCCAGCAGCGGAGACAGCUCCAGCAGUGACUCGGAGGAUGAGAGUCGUCCUCAGGCAGGUGGAGCCCCCGCCCCUCCUAACAGCACAUCUGCCCCUAACGCGUCUCAAAGCCGCACGGAGGAGAGGAGCGGGAAUUUCAUAAACACUCUCGAAAAUGAUCUUCAGCUGAGUGAGUCUGGGAGUGAAAGUGAUGAUGACUGACCACGAUGAUGUUAAACAACCUCCCUGAACUGGAUUAGAUGCUCAUGGCUGUUUAGAACUUUGUUGUUUUAUCUCAACCCAAUUCGCUGUUAACUUUUCAGUUACAUUUAUUAAGCAGUAUUUUCUUUUCUCCAGUUUUUUAAUCCGUAAUACUUGGUUUAUGGUUGGAUUAAAAGAUGAGGGAUUUGCUGUAUUAGUAAAUUAAGAUUAAGUAUUUAUUUUGUUUAGACUGAAGAAUUUGUUUUAUAGGGAUAUUGUCUUAUUGCAUCCUCAGAGGUUGUAGAAGUAUAUCUGUUUAGAAAGAGCUUAUUAUUUAGAUGUCUUUGGGUCAUCUUAAACUUUUCCUUUUUUUUUACGGCUUGGCAUGCUCGAGCCUAUAUGAUUCAGCAACAAAACACAAUGUGUCUUAAGGAGCACCAAUGCAUUAAAUAGAUCUGCGUUUCUUCAAGGAGCCAAGGUCAACAAUCUCAGAUAUUUACACAUUUUCGACCUGCAAUACUUGAAUUUGUCUCUCUUAUGAUUAUUUAGAGAUAAUCAUGAAAGAGUUAGUUGAUAUCUCAUUGUGACUGGCGAUAAAGGUGUAUUUUAAUCAUCUUUUACAUUCUCAUUAGGAGAGUGCUAGUAAAUCACUGGAAAUGCUUAGCCAUGAAAGGGGGUUUCUAACAUUUGUGUGUACCUAUUUUUGAUCUGUGCUUGGAUUUUUUUAGAUGAAAACCCAUACAGAUAGUAGCCUAUGUGUUGUGUAUGUCUUAAUGUACGCCUCUGGCAGGCCAAAGAUAAACAUAGGAUUUAUUGAUAUUGUUAAACCAACCUUGAGCUCUAACUGCAAAAUAUGAUGUGCCAUCCUGUAUAUUGUAUCAGGAUUGACAGAUUAGGUAAACAUAGUUAUAUUUGAUCAUUGCAACUAUUUAGAUCAAUAAAGAGAUUUGUUUUGCAACA